GCCAAUAUUUUUGGCGAUUGGUACUAGAAACGCAGUUGGGCGAGGUAGGGACGCACUUGGAAAGGAAAGCCUUCUCACUCGGCAAAACGUUUUAUUUCGUCGUCACUACUCGACAGCGUCACACCUCGUUCCCAAACGGAGUAUAAUUCGAUAUAAAAUCUAUUUUAAUUUUUUUCCUUCGGAUCCGUCGGGGUGAUUUUUAUUAUUGUUUUGGUUUCUUGUGCGCCUGCUCCGAUCUCGGGGAUCAGCUGAAGUUUGACAGACAAUUCGGCGACUUUUGUCAUGAGCCCCUUUAACGUAUGCGAUCUAUAUUUAGACGAUUGAAAAGGUAGCGGAAUAAGGAGGAGAAAGGAGGCAGGGUUUUAAAAUGUUAGAUUGACAAGAAAAACGAGCUUGAGUAGCUCGUAAAUAGAAUAUCACGCACGUCUAGUUUGUGUACAAGUGGGCCCAAGAAGACGGAAAGAUGUUGUUCAUAUUCCACGUAGACACGGGGACGAUGAUGACAUUCGACAUCAACCUCGCCCUUGAAAACGUCGGACAGCUAAAAGAGGCGAUUCAAAGAACAUGCGGUAUUGCCGUCGACAAACAGGUCCUUCUUGUGAGCGGUGGAGAAUGUCUAGAGCCAAAUGUGAGAGUAUGCUCUUAUUCGGCUGGGACCGACACCAACCCGAUAUUCCUUUUCAGCAAGUCAAGCAUAGAAAGCACAACACCUCCUUGCCCGAGCAUAGACUACGGUGUUGAUCCGGAUUUGAAGGAUGAGGUUGACCAGUCGCUCAACUUAGCCCCUUCUAAGCAGACAGUCGCCGUUCGCUCGCAAUUAGCUCAGCAGUUUUGCGAGUUAGCCAGAUACCAGGCCAAAGUGUGUGAGAAGCUUGUACAUGACCAGCAUAUGCAACAGCAAGGCUGGGCCGCUGUGAUUGCCAACCUCGAUGACAUCACAGUCGCAUUCAAAGCGAGGAGUGAAAACUUUGAGCAGAGCUUCAAACAACAUCUUGAAACAAGGGAUCAAUAUAUGAACAUUUUAGACAGUUUCAACAACGAUGUGGGUACGUUGUCCAAGAUUCCCGUUCUUCCGGCACUUAUGGAAAAAGACGAACUCGAGGCAUCAUCGUCAUCAACGACAUCUGCAUCUGGGCCACAAACCCUCUUGCAGUGGAUUUCAUCGAAAGACAGUCAGUCUAGCCUCGACCAAGUAUCAGAACAGUGCAAAAAGGGCUUAGAUCAGUUUGAUGAAAAAAUUCUCGAGGGGCUUAAGGCUGAAGUGAGAUCGGCCCUUGAUGCUGCACAAACCAGUGAGCUUCGGGAGAUCAAAGGCCUUGGAGACAGGCUUUACGGGCUGGAGCAACUUCGUGUGGAAACUAAAAAGAUAGUUCAGGAACAGACUGAUUUGGCACAAGCAUUUUUACUGAACCAAGCAAGGGCGGCGAAUAUAGGAGACACUAGCAUUCUUCCUGAUCUUUGCAAUUCCCACAAGCGACAACUAGUAGUUAUGCUUAGGAAUCAUCACCAGCUCAGGGACAUCAGAAGGAGGUGUAUUAAAGCAAAACAGGAGUUGUCAACAAAUUUGUACCAUAGACUGAAGUGGGUUAUGUUUGUUGAGAGCAGAAUCAGCGAGCUAGAUAUGAAAUUAGUUAUGUACCAUGAGAACAUAAAGAGGCUACGCAGGCAGUUAGAAGUUUUAUCCCAGAUUCACCUUGCCCCCAAUGUUUAUUUGACUGCAGUUGCUGAGGUUGUCCGCAGGCGGGCUUUCUCUCAAGCUUUUCUAGUCUGGGCAAAUGAUUUGGCGUGUCAACUCUGCGCAGUUCACUCUGAGGAAGUGGCAAGGAGGAAAAAUUUUCAAAACCAGUUCGAAGGUCACUUCCUAUCAUCGCUCUUUCCUGGCCUUGAAGAUUCCCCACCACCUUUUGCCACUCAGGCUCCUCCACUUUUUGACUCCGAGUUGCCAAAACUUUCCAUUGAUGAUGUCGAUAGGCUUCGAUCUGAACUUCCAGACUUGGCUCUUUCGCUUUCAAUACCUGAUCUCAAUACAAUAACCCAGUUUUUUCUUAAUCGUUCUAUAACCAACUUAAAGACAGAAGGCUCGAAUGGGCCUGUCCCUAGCAUUGAGGAUAGAAUUGUUCAAGCAGUUUCUGCUGCUGGGCUCAGUAGCAAUCUAGAUCCGGCUCUUCUACAGCCGGCGGAAAAUAGUCUUUCGUUAGCACAGUCUGCAAACACGACCCAUCCCAUAAGCAGUGAUAGAGGGUUCGAAUCAGAAACAGACACAGAGGAGUUUGAAAAAGUCGGUCAAAGCCCAGGCGAACUAAAUAAAGUUCAAAAUGAUCUCCGGUCAAAUUUAAAAGCUCAGUUACAAAAUAUAAAUGGCGCAGUUGAACAAGCUCUCAAUGAACUUCGCAGUAACAUGGGCCAAUUAAAACAAUGGGUGCUUUGUGAAAGAUCAGAGCUUGAUUCGCUUGUACAAAGAGUAAUAUCUGCCAGCAAGGAUCACAAUGACAAACUUUUACAAGCAUUAAAGGACAAAGAAAUAGAGUUGGAGAAUGUUAUUUCACAGAAAUACGAACUAGAACAGAGAUUGAAACAUGCCCUAGACUCUGAGGAAAGGGAGAGACUUUUGAGAGAAGAAGCCGAGAAACGCCUCGAGGCCGAGAGAGUAGCCGGGAAGGCGGUGGUUGAGCAACUUAAGGUGAACCAUCAUAUCGAACUAGAAGCCUUGCGAGGCCGGUACCGGCUCUAUUACAAUCAGGGCAUAGAAAAGUCCUUCAAUGACAUUGAAGAGGAAGAUAAAAUGGAGCGAGAAAUUAUGGAACGAGGACAACACGAGUCCAUAGUUUCCCAAUUGAAGGAAAAAAUGCUGGCGGAACAUGAAAAAGCUCUGAAUGAACAGAGAUCUUACUGGCAAAGGGAGUUGGCCCAGGCUAAAAUUCGAGUAGAUAGUGAUAAACAGGUUAUUUUCAACGAAGCUGUUAGGCAAGUUGCAGCAGAAAAAGACAGGCUACUCGACAGUAUGAGAGUAAGGGAAAUCUCAUUGGUUGCUGAAUGUGCUAAACAACAAGAAACUAUAACAAGACUGAGCGAUAUUAAUUUGUCGAAUAAUGAAAAUCCAGCAACUGACAACUUAGCCAGUCGGCUUCGGGAAGUAGAGGUUGAAAAUACCAGGCUGAGGAUGGAAUUGAAUUCUUGCAAAGGCUUUCCUCCUAGAAGCACAAGUCCGUCCACAUCAAUUGUCACACUUGAUACCAUGUCUAGCUGUAGUAGUAAAGAUGCAGCUACAAGCCCUGAAUGUUCUCCUAGAAGAAAUAGACGAUUAAAGAAAACUUUUUCGGAGAGCAUAAAUAAUUUAAUAGAACAAGGGAAAAUACACACUGGAACUUGUGCUGAAGGUGAAGCUGUGUUGGUAUUUUGGAAUGACACCAGGCAGGCGUAUGAUAUCUUGCAAAAUUCUUCAAAACCCCAUUUUCUAGAUACUGACAGCAUAAAACCCCUCGGUCUCGAAUGCACAGAUCCGAGAAUAAGCUAUAGCAUUGGGCAGGUUGUACAUAAAGAUUACUGUCAGGCUAAGAAGGAUACCAAUCGUUACAAAGUUCCUAAGGGAUACAAAUUCUAUAGAGUGAAAGUAGUCCCGAUCUGCAAGAAUCUACUUGCAGACCAAGCGUCGACACAUCAAGGAAGUUCUUCCAUGGGUUCAUCAGUUGGGAGUGUGUAAUUGGUGAAUGGGCGGAACGAGCGGCGUGUAAUUCAUCUUUACCAGAAUUAAGACUUUGCUCGUUCCGAAUACCAAAAAGCUAACUUUUUAAGUCAACGAUUUUCUUACAUAUAAACUUUUGUAUUUGACAACUCAUGAACUCUUUAAAUUUAGGGUUUCAGUUAUUUUCUUUGAAGUCAUAGUUUUAUAAUUACGGUUAAGGGUAUUUUUCUUAUAAUGUAUUAAUGUUAAAUUAUACUAAAUGUACAUAUUACAAUAUUGAAGCUAUAAAUUAUCGGAAAGGAUGUUAAAUUCAAAAACUCCGCACUUUUCUUUUUGAAAUUAAUUUAACUGUAAAGUUUGUGGAAUUGUGAUAAGACAUAGAAUGUGAGAAUUUUCAGUUUUUAUAUCAAAAGAAGGUAAAUAGAUGAUUAAAAGUGAUAUCAUGUUAUGUAUUAGUUUAUUAUUAUUUUUUUUAUAAUCCUCUAGGGCGGAAAUUUGGGGACUAGAUUUUUGGGAAAUAUAAAUUAAAAUAAAUAUAUCGAAAAGUGCCUUCAUAAUAAAUAAAUGACAGAGUGAAAACACUAUAUUGGGUAAUAAAACUAAAAAUAGAAAAAGUACAGUACAAAAGCAAUAUAUUUUUGCCUUUUUCCACAGUUUUCUUUUUAGCGUACCUGAUUCUUAAAUAGAAUAAGUUCUCCCUGGAGGAAAUAAAAAAAAAAGUCCAAGUCAUUUUGUUGGUGUGAAUGAUAAGAAUGAAUGUCAAGAGUAUUACAGAUGAAAACAUUUUAUUUCUUUUCUUGGGUGAACAUUUACUUUGAGUAAUAUUUUGUUUUUGUUUUUUGGUAUGUUUGGUACACAAGCAUUUAUGCUUAUGUAUGGGCCUUAAGCAGUUAAAAAUUUAUGUUAAAUGAAAAUGCAAAAGUCGUUGUUUAACCUCUAUGAAGACCGAAGUUAUUUUUCUUGCUAAUUAAAUUUAUUCUAUCAAUUAACAAUAUGAUAAAUCAUUGCUUUUGUUAUUAAUUAAAUGAAAUUUUUGGUUUUGCUUCUGUCUAAGGCCAGCAUUAUUUAUGUAUUAAACGUUUUGUUUAUUUAUUCUGUGAUAGAACAGUGAUUAACAUUGUAUCAGAUAAUAUUUUUAUUUAACAAAUUGUGAUUUUUUUAAGAAGUGAUGAUCAUCUUUUUUUACUGCCAGGAAAAUGUAAGUUUUUGUUCCUCCUUUUUCUUUGUUUUGUUCAACUCCAUUCCUCCCGAGCCCUGCAACAGUUGUAGUUUUUUGAUGUUAACUUUAGGUGCUUAGAUAAGACGAUGGAAUAUAUUCAUUAUUCAUUUUUAAAAAAUAAAUAACUUGUCUCUACAGUAUAUACUAAAUUCUAGUUGGAUUUUGAAUGUUUAAUAGUUUAUAUGCUAGACAAGUGUACUUAUCAGGCUUGGAAAUAAAACAAAAUAUAUAUUAUUAUCAAAGUUAAAGAAAAGAACUAGUAUGUAAAAGAAGAGAUUGUAUCAGUAGGAAUACCUUCGUGAUAAAAAUGUUUAGUAAGAAGGGAUAGUUAACAUUGUUAGCAACGCAUAAAAUCAAAAACAUUGUUUUUUUUUCUUUACAUUAUUUGCCAGAUAUGUAUUUAUCAUGUGGCUCAAGUGUACGAUAAUUUUGAAAUAAUUAUUUUCUCCAAGGAAAAAAUGUCAAUUUUGUUUUAAAUACCUUGAAAACUGUUACAAAAAGAGAUAGUUAAUAUGAUAAAACAAUUUAAAGUCCGACUAAUUUUUGUAAGUAAAGGUAUUUAUAAAGGUUUUUUUUUUUUUUUAAUUUUGAAUUUCUUCUCUAAAUGUUGUGAUGUAGUUUUACCAUGAAUAGUCGUAAAAAGAAGUCAAAUGUGACUAGGUGUGUAAAAAGAGCAAUGAGAAUGGAGAAAUGCUUUUUAAGGGAACAUUUUCCGUUCCUUAAGUUUCAUAAAGGAGUUACAAAUGUACAAAUAUGUUUAGUUAAUAAAGUUGUUUUUAUAUGGUAA